GCCACACAGUGACAUUCACACAAAGGGUCAGUUACCCUUGCGGUAAAAUUAACGUGCUCAGCAACAUGCUGCUUUUUGUGCGGAGUUAACCCACUAAGUUUGCGACGCUUGAAGUUCAGAACUACUUGACUGGAACAAAAUCGAAAGAUUUGGUCCAUCCAAGUGGUCUUCGUGCGCGUUGUAGCUUCGAAGCCUAGUUAUCUAAGCUUAGCUUAGCUUGCGAACACAGACCAACUUGGUUCGACGCUUGAACAUCAAGUUGGAGCCUUCUAAAGUGUGCAAAAUGCACGCAAGAACGACGCCAGCCGCAAAGUUCGAGGCGGAACUUUGUGGCGCAAAAGAUCUGCGACAACAUCAAUGCUCGGCUUCUUGCAAAAUGCAAGUAAAGGUUAUGCCUCGCACACUACCAGAUCUUUAUGUCAGCCAAGACCAUCGUCCUGAGCACCAAGAGUCUGCAUGCAUCAAAGAGGAGGAAGAGUCCACACCCAUCCAAGGUUUCAGCAAAUAUCUUGGUCCUGAUGCUAAACAGCUAAAGAGAGAAGUACAAAUUCCAAUCAAAAAGGAGGAUGUAGCGCUGCCAUACGUUAAAGAGGAGGAUGAUAUCACCAUGUUGACUGGUGAGCCCUCGAAUGGCGAGGAUGGUCCGAGUGAGGUAAGCAGAGGGACGGAGCCUCCAAGCGGCAGCAGCAGCAGCUCAACAGAAGGACACAUUUUCAUUGCACCAUCAGAUAGAAAAGGUGCCACGUCACACUCCCCUUACAAAGAUGGCGAUCAGAAGAAAUCUCACCGUGACAGUCAACUCUGCAAAUGCUCUCAGUGUGGGAAAAACUUUGCUAAUAACUAUUCUUGUCGUAUGCAUAUGAGGAGCCACACUGACGAAAAACCGUUUGCCUGCUCAGAUUGUGGUCAAAAAUUCACUCAGAAGGCCAACUUAAACACACACACCAGAACCCACACUGGUGAAAAACCUUUUGUCUGCUCAGUUUGUGGUCAAAAUUUCACUCAGAAGAGCAACUUAAAAAGUCACACUAGAACUCACACUGGUGAAAAACCUUUUUCCUGCUCAGUUUGUGGAAAAAGAUUUGCGCAUAAGGGCACCUUAAACAAACACACAAGAACCCACACUGGUGAAAAACCUUUUUCCUGCUCAGUUUGUGGUCACACUUUCAAUGAGAAGAAAGACUUACAAACACACACGAGAACCCACACUGGGGAAAAACCUUUUUCAUGCUCAGUUUGUGGUCAAAGAUUCACUGAAAAGCGAAGCUUAAAAAGUCACUCGAGAAACCACACCGGAGAAAAACCUUUUGCCUGCUCAGAUUGUGGUCAAAAAUUCAGUCGCAAAAACGUCUUAAGAAGUCACAUUAGAACUCACAAUGGCGAAAAACCUUUUUCCUGCUCAGUUUGUGGAAAAGGAUUCACUCAGAAAAGCGCCUUAAACACACACACAAGAACCCACACCGGAGAAAAACCUUUUUCCUGCUUAGUUUGUGGUCAAAAUUUCACUCAGCAGAUCAACUUAAAAUAUCAUAUUAGAACUCACACUGGUGAAAAACCUUUUUGCUGCUCAGUAUGUGGUCAAAGAUUCACUGUAAAGAAAAGCUUAAAAAGACACUCGAGAACCCACACCGGUGAAAAACCUUUUUCCUGCUCAGUUUGUGGUCAAGGAUUCAGUCAUAAGACUACCUUAAAAGCACACACAAGAACCCACACUGGUGAAAAACCUUUUUCCUGCUCAGUUUGUGGUCAUGGAUUCACUUCAAAGCAAAUCUUAAAAAUACACUCAAGAACCCACACUGGGGAAAAACCUUUUGCAUGCUCAGAUUGUGGUCAAAAAUUCAGUCGCAAUAACGAAUUAAAAAGUCACACUAGAACUCACACUGGUGAAAAACCUUUUUCCUGCUCAGUUUGUGGAAAAAGAUUCACUCAGAAAAACAACUUAAACACACACACAAGAACCCACACUGGUGAAAAACCUUUUUCCUGCUCAGUUUGUGGUCAAGGGUUCAGUCAAAAGAGUGUCUUAAUCGUACACACAAGAACCCACACUGGCGAAAAACCUUUUUCCUGCUCAGUUUGUGGUCAAAGAUUCACUCAAAUUCACCCUUUAAAAGUACAUACAAGAGCCCACUCUGGAGAAAACCUUUUUCUUGCUUAGUUUGUGGUCAAGAAUUUGAUCACAAGGAUCGGAUUAAGAGACACGUGUGUGUUGGUGUGAGAAGCAGUGGCCAAUGAUUCUCUUGCCUGUCAUACAUGCUGCAUUCAUCAGAUUGUGCUCACAGGACGAUUGUAUUCUGGAGAGCUUCCUCAAAUCCUAUUGAGGAUUGGCACUUUUUAUAAUGUGGAUCCACACUUUUGCCAAAAGUACUGGCUCACCUGCGUUUACUCUCAAGUUGAGUGGCAUUAUUUACUGGACUGUCUCAGGAAAUUAGAAUAUUGUG